UCAGCAACGUGUUACUUGUGGAGAAUGAAACAAGUUGGACUGGGUGUUGGAUGAUGGACGAUCAAGUUUAACCAGAUAUCAUCAUCCUCAUAUGAUUUUAGAUUAAUCGCUGUUAGUUGAAUGCCAGUCUCACUCAAUUGCAUGUAAAAUGCUUUAGACUGUAUCACAUUUCACCAAGAGUUCUUGUGUAAUUCUCCUUGUUUUUUUUUUCACUUUUUUUUCUUUGUCUUGGUCCUAUUUUUUGCAUAGAUUUUCUAUUUUAGUCUAUUCGUAGAAAAUAUUGGGUCUCUUACUCUCGCAGCUUUCAAUAUUGACUAUCGUUUUAAUCACCGUCACCUUGAGUCUUAUUAAUUGCUUCUGUUUUGAAAUUGUCUGAUUGAAACACAGUCAAAUAUUGUUCGCGUGUCGUCUUGAUUUUGUUUACUUUUAUUUGAGGAUUGAGAUGAAAAAUAUGCAUAAGUAAAUGAAUAUGACUCAGUGGAAAAAAAAUGUGUCAAUGCAUUCAAUAUGAAUAAAAUAUUACUCAAUGCUUUUGAAAACAACUUUCAAGUUGUACAGUAUGUCGAUUAUUCCAUACUUUAGUAUGCAAAUAAGAUGAUAAAAGAUUACAAUUUUGUUUUAAUUAAACUCAUUUUAAAAGUAUUGAGGUUUUUAUAACAGUUAAAUAACAUUCUGACUGAAAAAAGAAUACGAAGCUCAUUUUGUUCCUAGCUGCUCAAUUAUUUUAUCCAUAUUUGGCAUAAGUGAGAAGCUAGUAAAACCUAAACUGCGCUGAAGAGACCCAGUUCACUCACAUUUAUACUCGCUACUAAGGCAAACUUAAUCACGAACCAACAACAACCUGCGAGGCUACUAACGAAGAGCCGCAGAAACAAGAAUUGCAAGCAACACAACAUAAACCAACCCAAACACGAUUCACCUGGAAGACAGUAUGGCAACGAGAUUCUUUUCCAAGGAUUCGUCCGUUUCUUGGAGGGAUACUAUAUCAUUCUGGUUACAAAGAGGUGUCGAGUCGCUGUAAUCGGUCACCAUACCUUGUACAAAACGGAGGACACUGCCAUGAUUUACAUUCCAAAUGAUACAGUCCGACUUUUUCAUCCCGAUGAACAGAGAUAUGUAAAAAUGUUUCAAAACAUUGACCUUAGCAGUAAUUUCUACUUCAGCUACUCCUACGAUCUGACGCAGACCUUACAGUUCAAUAUGGCGCCACCCAGACACAUCAAAUCAGACAUUCCAACGGCAAAUCCAGAAAACAAAAAUGAAGCGGACGAUGUUGAAGAUUCUGAAGAUUUUUUCAACAUGUGGGCGUUUAGAGAAAAUCCAGAGACCAGCGAGUAUGAGAAUAAUGUAUUCGAUCAUAAAAUCGUUAAUUACGGAGUACGCAGUAAUCCGAACCGGCGCUUUGUGUGGAAUUCACACCUCUUGCUACCUGUAGAAACAUAUUUACAUCCUGAUUGGAUUUUAUACAUAACACACGGAUUUAUUGGACAGUCCAAUAUCAGCAUUUUUGGGAGGUCAAUGUACGUCACUAUAAUCGCUAGAAGAAGUACCAAAUACGCAGGGACCAGAUUCCUAAAGAGAGGUGCAAAUUUUGAUGGAGAUGUCGCAAAUGAAGUAGAAACCGAGCAGAUCGUCCAUGACUCAGGUAUCAGCUCUUUCAGUCACGGCCACUUCAGUUCCUUCGUACAGAUGCGCGGCUCUGUCCCUGGCCACUGGAGACAGGAUGUCAGUAAAAUGGUUCCCAAACCUACGAUCACCUGCGAUCUGACCGAUCCUUACGUUGAAACUGCAGGUGCUCAUUUCAAUCAACUAUUGAAAAGAUACGGAUCGCCAAUCAUAAUAUUGAAUUUGGUGAAGAAGAGAGAAAAGAAGAAACACGAAAGCACUUUGAGCGAGGAGCUCAGUAUGGCUGUGAGAUACUUGAAUCAAUUUCUACCACCCGAACAUAUUAUACAAUAUAUCAGUUUCGAUAUGGCUAGAAAGAAUAAGGGCAAAGAAGCGAAUGUAAUGGGGCGACUAGCGAAUAUAGCACACAGUGCUGUACUGAAAACCGGAAUCUUCCAAUCACAAAAUCCGUACUACAGCCAGAGAAAUUUGUUCUCAACAGCUAAUAGCAACAAGAAACCUCACAGGAAUGACUUAAACUCGACUCUUUCAGGCAUGACAAGAAACGAUUCAAAAACAACGCUCAGCUUAAGUUUACCGCGAAUAAGUUCUACCGGUCAAUUUACAUCUGAUCGCGACAGUAAUUCAAAGGCGUCAGAAGGUCUGGAAAAAUCGGAGAUCGAUUCGAUUGAAAAUAAAGUGAGACAAUGCUUUAUGAGGAGAGGAACUGUGCAAACUGGAAUCAUUAGGACGAAUUGCGUGGAUUGCUUGGAUCGAACCAACACAGCUCAGUUUGCAAUUGGAAAAUGUGCCUUGGGCUUCCAAUUGUGUGCUUUGGGAGUGCUAGAAACUCCAAAGUUGGAAUUCGACUCCGACUGCGUACGGCUACUUGAAGAGCUGUACGAAGAUCACGGUGACACUUUGGCAUUGCAGUAUGGAGGUUCGCAGCUGGUACAUAGGAUAAAAACAUACAGGAAAACUGCACCGUGGACGAGUCAAGGCAAUGAUAUCAUGCAGACGUUGAGCAGAUAUUUCAGCAACACUUUCAGCGAUCAGGAAAAACAACACACAAUUAAUCUCUUUUUAGGAUUAUUUGUUCCGGAAGAAGGAAAAACUCCGUUAUGGGAACUUGUAACUGAUUACUACCUCCAUCACAAGCCAGCAUGUAAAUAUACUCGAAGAACAAAAGUAUUGACUCAAUGGUGGGAUAAAAACGUUUUGAAGUGUCUUCCUUACGCUCUUAAUGAAGUCACCAAGUCUUGUUCAGAAAUGAUCCAGUUACAGCACACGCAAGAAGAAAUGGUAGACGUAUAUUACGAUUAUCAUCGCCCUCACGAAUUAUCAGUAUUAGUCGAUGUGUAUGCCUACAAAAUAAGCCACUCGGUCAGAGAUUUUAUGCCUAAUUUUACAACAAACUUCAGCCCCUUUGCUGUGCGAGUAAGGCCAGGGAGGAGACGAGAAGAAACAGGUAACAAAAAUGCAAACAUGAAAAAUCCGUCUAUGACUGGUCAAAGCAGUACCAGCAGUACAGCGUCUAGUGCCAGUUCGAGUUUGGACUCUAGCUCUGACGAUGACGAGAGCCACCAAAAUGCUAACGACUCUCAAUUGACUGCAUCGAAGGAUAGUUCUGAUCUAGUUUCAUUUGAAUCCCUGUUUCCGACAAUGCGAGAAGUCUACGGAACCCAACCAGAGUCUCCGAAGAGGGCAGAUAUUCUUUUGUACAAAAGGUAUGUGCUAAUAGGUAGGAAUGCAACCUAUCCAACAGAUCAUUCAAAAAUACGAUCUAAAUUGGUUCAGCAGGCAUCCUUUCCAGAGUGUUUGAACGCCAAAGUUUCUCUUCCUCUUGUAAAAGACGCGAGUAUCAGUAUUUAUGGACAAUACGUGAGGAGAGCCAAGAUCGGUGGUUCAAUGCCAAAUCCUAAUGACAUGAUUUUGUACGAAAAUUACGUUCAAGAGCAAAUGCUAACUAGACGGAACGGAGUAUGCAGAAGUUCGUAAUUCAAUCAUAGAUAUUAAGCCAAUUAUUUGUAAUAUAUAUACAUAUAUAUAUAUAUAUAUAUAUAUAUAUAUAUGAAUUUAAAAUGCAUUUAGACCAGAGAUAUUUAUCAUUAAUCUAAUAAACGAACAGCUUCAAGAUAA